GAUCGAUCGGGUAUAAAUAUAGUACAAUGUUUUAAUUGCUAUCACAACAUCAUUCGGAUCUCAACUGAGAACAGCUACAAAAAACAUGAAAUUGUUCAUCAUCCUCUCCGUCGUGGCCUGCGCUAGCUGCGCCAAGCUAGACAGGACCUACCUCCCCCCCAACGCUCAAUCCUCUUCUGGGUCCAACUUCCUCCAAGCCCCUGAUAGCCGCAGCAACGGACAGGGCAACGGUUUCCAUGGAAACGGUUUCAACAACGAAAACGUGAUCAACCAGAAUGGAAACGGUUUCAGCCAGAAUGAUAACAACUUCAACCAGAUUGGAAACGACUAUAACCAGAAUGGAAACGCUUACAACCAGAAUGGAAACGACUACAACCAGAACGGAAACGACUAUAACCAAAACGGAAACGCCUUCAACGGAAACGGCUUCGACCGUCCAGAAAGACCUCAAGCCUCUUUCGAAAGGAACGCUGCUAUUCUCCGCCAGGACUCUCAGAAUGAUGGAGAGACUUACUCCUAUGCUUAUGAAACUGAGAACGGCAUUUCUGCUGAGGAGAGCGGUGUCGCUACUAAUGGAGUUGAGGCUCAGGGCGGUUACUCUUACACUGGUGAUGAUGGACAGGUGUACACUAUCAGGUACACAGCAGACCAGAACGGAUUCGUGCCAGUUGGUGACCACCUCCCCACCCCUCCCCCUGUGCCGGAAGAGAUCCUGAAGGCUCUGGAGCAGAACGCCCGUGAUGAGGCUGCUGGCAUCUAUGAUGAUGGCUCCUACAACGAAGGCAAAUACGGCGACGACAACAACCAAUACAAUGGUAACUACAACAGUGGCAACAACUUCGACAAUAGCAACAACUACAACAGCGCUAACAGCUUCGACAACAACAACUUCAAUGGUAACAGCUUCAAUGGUAACAACGUUGCCAACGAUGGUAACGACGAAGACACGGUUGUCACCAACGCUGCCUUCAGAUCUGGUUCCCGAGGCUUUGCUGGAGCCACCAAGGCUUACCUCCCCCCAGUACAGUCCCAGAGGACCAACCAAAGACGACCAAGCUUCAACGCGAGAGAUGGAUACAACUAUUAGACCAAUUAUGUUGACUGUUUAACGAAUAAAAAUUAUUUAUGACUAUGACAAUUUA